CCUGAUGAGCUUGAUGGUCUUGAACUCCCUGUUACAGCUGAUGUGAUGAAAGAGCGUGUGGAGUUUCUUCACAAGUUGGGGCUUACUAUUGAAGAUAUCAACAAUUACCCUCUUGUUCUUGGUUGUAGCGUGAAGAAGAACAUGGUUCCGGUUCUUGAUUAUCUCGGGAAACUAGGUGUGAGGAAAUCGACUUUCACUGAGUUUCUUAGAAGAUACCCGCAGGUUCUUCACGCUAGUGUUGUUAUAGAUCUUGCACCUGUGGUUAAGUAUCUUCAAGGACUGGAUGUUAAACCGACUGAUGUACCUCGGGUGCUUGAGAGGUAUCCUGAAGUUUUAGGCUUUAAGCUGGAA